AUGGCCAGUGAGGAUGACAAUUUCGAUAUUGAUAUCUACGGAGAUGGCAGUGGUUCCAAUGAACCAGCUGAGUUCAAGCAUGAAGAUUCCGAUCUUGUGCUUGAUGCCCCGGAGAACCUCCCUCAGGCUAACCCCCAACCAGCCGCGCCCCCCAACAACGUCCAGACUCCUCAGCCACCUUCUCAGACUCAGUCUGCCCCCGAAAAUACCAACCAGGCAGCUCCUCCGAAUCCCGAGCAUGCCCUUCCCACACCCCCUCAGGGCACCAAGCGCAAAGACUAUGACGGUCGUUCGACUGACCCCGCGGCUACGAACGCUCUGCUGAUUUCAGAGAUGAGCUGGUGGACAACCGAUGAUGAUAUCCGGGGCUGGGUGAACCGCGCUGGUGCCGAACAAGGAUUGAAGGAUGUGACUUUCAGUGAGCACAAAGUCAAUGGCAAGAGCAAAGGACAAGCCUUUCUCGAGUUCACCAACCCACAGGCAGCCACUGCCACCAAGCACAGCAUUGACAACGACGCUGCUCUUAAGCUUCCUGUCCAAUACACCAGCCCUCACUCGAACCCAUUCCGCACUCUGCCUAAGGAUGCCCCUAUGCGUAAUGACCGUGGCCGCGGAGGCGGCUUCAAUUCCGGAGGAGGCGGUAACUUCCACAACAACAACAACAGCAGCAACAUGGGCAAUAAUUUCCGUGGCAGAGGCAAUUACAACAAUCGUGGUAUGAAUGGAAUGGGCAACAACUUCAACAACCGUGGCGGUGGUUUCGGAAACCACGUCCCCAACUUUGCUCCCAACAUGAUGGGCCAAGGCGGUUUCCCGACUGGUCCAAUGGGCAUGCAAAACUAUGGCUACAACAACCGCGGAGGCAACAUGAUGGGCAACGCCAUGCGCGGCCCUGGUGCGAUGCGCGGUCGCGGAGGAAACAUGGGCGGCCCCGGUAUGAUGGGAAUGGGCGGUAUGAACCCAAUGGGUGGCAUGCCGAUGAAUCCUAUGGGAGGUAUGAACCCUAUGAUGGGCAACAUGGGUGGAAACAUGGGAAUGCAGGGUGGCCAGGGCUUCCAGGGACCCAACUCCGGAUUUAAUCCCGGCAACGCCUAUUUCAACCACAACAACUCCAACGGCACCACUAACGGCAACCAAAGCGGCCAGAACAAUCCUGGUAACCACAAUGCCAGCCAGGGAGGCGCCUCCGAGGGCUCCUGGAACCCCCAUGGCAACAAGCGAAGCCGCCAAGACUAG